CAACCCAAUGCCCUUAUUAGGGGAUUAUUCCAUACUGAAAUGGAAGUCGAUUUUAAAACAAUUUUAAACUUAAUGGCAUAAACUCCACUGAUUUUAGAGAUCAGUUCAGUUUUCACGUGAAAACAGUUGUAUAAUGUCUUCUGGGGCUCAUAAUCAGGGGCCUUGAGACUACAAACUCUUUAAAGAUGGCCUCCAUUACAAAGUGGGAGUAGCCUACAUUUACUCCUACCUGAUUGAAAAAUCAAAGUAUUUGUGAAUAUGCAAACACUUCAUUUCAUACGUUUAAAUGUUUAAAUGACACAAUGUCUUCUUCACUGAAACUAAAAUGAAAAUUACCAAUGUAGUGAAAUUAAUCCAGUACUCUUCAAUAUAUGCAUACAAAAAGAUCACUUCUAUUCAGAUUAGUAUCCUGUUUCAGGUACAGAACCGACUCUUUUGAUAUGGCUGCCUGCUGACACCUGAUCUAAAACACCUGUCGUGACGUCAUUGGUUUGGGCGUGGCCACAGGUUCACCGGUAUCCCAGCAGCAGGGAAGUGCACCUGCAGGUUCUCCUAAAAAUACUCAGAAAUGAGUUGAAGCUCUUUAUUGAAUGAGACGAAACUGAAUAUGUGAGAACAACUAAAUACACAAUAAGGUCAUACACAGUCUAUGGUGACAAUGAGGGCUCCGGAAGUCUCCAGCGGGUCCUACAGCUGUCUGACAUAUUAUUAUUAUUAUUAUUCAGCAGAUGGAGACAGAAACCCAACCCACUCUCCAUAGGGCAACAUGACGUCAUCGGGCCUUAUCCAGGAAGUAGGAAAACGUCAACAAUCCUUCCAGCUUCCAGGCUAGGGCGAAGUGUCAGUGUAGCCUAGCGGCGAGGUAGCUAAGCUUGCUUUUCUCGGGUGUUUCGCAGAUUUGUUUUAUUUAUUUUUUUAUACUUAUUGUAACUGUAGCACCCCAGAUAUGUCGCUGUUCGCGAAGAUAUUCGGAGGAGGAGGAGGAAAAGGAGGAAAGGGACCGAGCCCACAGGAGGCUAUCCAGAAACUCCGAGAGACGGAGGAGAUGCUAACGAAGAAACAGGAAUUUCUAGAGAAAAAGAUCGAACAGGAACUGCAAAUUGCCAAAAAGAAUGGCACGAAAAACAAAAGAGCGGCCCUGCAGGCUUUGAAAAGAAAGAAGCGGUACGAGAAGCAGCUCACCCAGAUCGACGGCACGCUGUCGACCAUCGAGUUCCAGAGAGAGGCUCUGGAGAACGCCAAUACCAACACUGAAGUGCUCAAGAACAUGGGCUUCGCCGCCAAGGCCAUGAAGUCUGCCCAUGAAAACAUGGACAUUGACAAGGUGGACGACCUAAUGCAGGACAUCACAGAGCAGCAGGAGCUGGCCCAGGAAAUCUCCGACGCCAUCUCUAAACCCGUCGGCUUUGGAGAGGAGUUUGAUGAGGAUGAGCUGUUGGCGGAGCUGGAUGAGUUGGAACAGGAGGAGCUGGACAAAAACCUGCUGGAGAUCGGCGGACCAGAGAACGUCCCCCUUCCCAACGUGCCUUCUACUUCAUUACCUUCCAGACCUGCCAAGAAAGAAGAGGACGAGGACGACAUGGAGGACCUGCAGCGCUGGGCGAUGGAAGCCAUGUAGACGCAGCGUCGGCCGCAUCAUACCUGCAUCGCAGAGGGAAGAGGAAGGAGCAAGGGGGAAUGAAUGGACUGAUAGGAUGUUGUGUAUGAGUAUAUUUUUGUGUGUCUGAGGAGAGCUGACGUUAUGUAACACUAGCAAGCAAAAAUGCUGUAGACUUUUUUUUCCCCGUCUCCUUCACAAAUACAGAGACCCCUGGGUGCUCAGCAGACGAGCCAGUCGGGGGCUUUUAUAUUGAAGCUCUAUCACUGUACUUUGGCAAAGUCACCUAAUGUUUUUACCCUGAAUUUUAACACAAUACUAGCACUUAAUGGUCAUCGUACUGGGCAGGGCUAUCUCAGCGCCCACAGAGUUCAUAGUGAGGUGUAAUCUUAUGAGCUCUGUGGUGCGAUAAAUGAGUUGUGGUCAGAUUAGUGUUAAAGGCUGCAUGGCGUUGCUAACAUCACUGGAGGACAGGGGCAUUUUCAUAGAUCCUCAAUGAACUGUUUCUGACUCAUAUUUACCUGUUUUGUGGCGUUAAACUGGCUGUUUUUUGUUUUUUUUCCUUCUUGACAAAAAUAACAAUCCUUUGCUCCUUUCGUUUUUUGUUAAUGCUGUUGGAAAUAGGACAACAGCUGAGCAUGAGCUGGCUGAAGAAGCUAUGAGCUGUGUGUUUGCCAGAAUUCGAACCUCUUCUUUUGUCUACGGCUGCGUGCUUUUGUCCUUUUCCCUCCUCUUCGCCUCCUGUCGCCAUUUCAGCGACUUCUCCCUCCCUUCAAAGGCGUUCUCACCAGUGGUUCUUGUUAUUUGGUGUAAAUAUCCCAAAUGUGUCUCUUUUUAUAUCCUGUAUUCUGCCAUCACGGAGAGGUUGUGUUGAGUGAAGCAUGCAACAAUGGAUAAAUCCCAAAUACAGAUCACAAGGCACGGCUAGAAAGAGAGAUGUUAAACAUUUUCAUCCUGCUCUGUCUGUCUGUCUCGGUUCUUCUCAUAAAAGAUUUUUGUUUCAAAUUGUAUAAUGUUGAAAAAAUAAUAAUAAGCUAUUGUCACACCUUAUUAACUGCAUCUUGAAGGAGAUAGUGGUUUGUAAAAGAUUAGAUUAUAGUCAAUCUACAACAUUUUGGAGUUUAAAGGGUGAAUUACUUUAGUUUUUCAAAGUCAUUAUGUACAUUUUUUUACAUAAGAAAAAAAAACAUAACACAAGGAUGUAUGGACAAGCAUGUUUGCAUUUCUGUUUUAUUUAUCAAGAUGAGAAUAUUAUUUGCAAAAUCAUUAAAGGUUUUCAAUUCUUU